CGCUUUGACGUGGAGUGCAUGACGAACGGGGAAAUAAAAGUAAACAACGCCUAGGAUAACGAAAAUGGUUUUUGGCGUUAGUCCCCCAAGCUUAGACGGAACCUGUGAUUUUUCUGAGGCUUUGUUGAUCAUGUAUGAAGGCUUUGUUUUCCGAUAAGGACAGAGGCAGGCUGAAAACUGAUUUAGCUAUGUUAGCCAUCAGAUCGUCAGAGGAGGAGUCCACUGAGAUUGAGGAGAUGGACACCUCAGAGCCCAACUGGUGCUGGUUCUACUUGGCUGAGUGUGGAGUGUGGCAUAUGUUUGAGAUUGAUCCCAGUGCAGCCUGCUCUGUGACCAGCGCUCAGAUUGAGCAGUGCUACAGCAGGAACCAGCGUGGUGUGAUGGAGUUUUACACAGCCAAGUACACAUACAGACUGGACUUCUCAGUUAUGCGACAGAUAAAUGUAACAACAGGAAAGCAACGGCCAAUCAAACGCUCCCUCCACUCUGCAACUGGAUUUAGGUUUAUUUGUGAUAAUCUCGCCUUGCCUGUUCCCUGUCACUGGGAGAGAAUAAACACAGAUGAGCCCUAUCAGACAUGGUACUUGGAGUUCUUACAGAAACAGUGCAGACUGGUCAAAACCUUUAGACAGCUCAUCCAGCUUGGCAGAGACACAUAUGAAUUUAAAGAAGUAGCCAGACUGUAUGAAAGAACAAUGGAUCAUCCAAUUAAAUCCAUCCAGAGGAUCCAGAACCUGGAUUUAUGGGAGUUCUUCUGCAGGAAGAAAACACAGUUGCGAAAAGUCAAGCGAACACUGGAUAUUGAGGAGCGAAUGCUGUUUCAUGGCACGGGACACAGCAAUAUACAAGCUAUAUGUACAUUUAACUUUGACUGGCGGCUCACAGGAAGCCAUGGCGAUGUCUAUGGCAAAGGGAGCUACUUUGCCCGCGAUGCCAAAUAUUCCAGUAAAUUCUGUCACACCACAGGGAAACACAACACCACCUUACAGAGACAUGGACUCGCACCACCGAUAUUUGCGAGUGAGCCGCCUUAUAAGACCAUGUUCCUGGCCAGAGUGCUUGUUGGAGAAUACACAGUUGGUCAUCCAAUGUACUGCAGACCACCCUCUAAGGAUGCCAGUUUCACCAACUUCUAUGACAGUUGUGUGGAUGAUAUGGCCAAUCCAAAGAUCUAUGUCAUUUUUGACAGUAAUCAGAUUUAUCCAGAGUAUCUGGUUGAGUUCUACUGAUGCCUAAGAAAAUGAUACAAACUUUUUUUUUUAAUAAAGGCUGGAAAAGCUAGGAUAUGAAAUUAGAUGACAGGAUAAUUGAUUUCCAUGACUGAAUGGAGCAUGGGUCAUCUAAGUGCCUUUGAAGAAGUUGGUAAGACAGUAAGGACUUUGUGUCAAAUUGUAUACUGUACAGCAUACAUAAUUGGACCCAGAAGUUAGAACGUUUCCAUGACUUUAAAAAAUGCUAACCGAACACAGUCUUUGUGCUGUUUUUAUCUUUAAUCCUGAGUCUAUGCUUGCUUACAGAAUAUGUGUGCACAUUUGCUUAGAUAAAAUAAGAGUGGUGCUUGCAGCCUGUAGAUCAUAGGCAAUAUCCGGGCCACCGGCUCCAUCGCUCCCUCUACUUCCACAGUGCCAUACAUAUGCUUCUUUAUAAAUCCAAGAACAUGCUCUGCUCACUCAUUUUGCACCAUGUUCUGAAAAUCUGUGUCUAGUAGUACCAUGUAUUAUAUAAGCAUGGAUUUUUGUUCAUGUUUUUGUCAUAAAAACGCUCCUACCUCUGCAUUUUUUUUAUCUUGCACUUUUCCGCCCUUUCCAUGAAAGGUUUUGUAAUUGUGUCAUAUUGACAUAAACAUGUAAAAUGUG